AGGUCGGAUACUUUAUACAUUUUAAUUUUUUGCAAAUUGGGAUAAAAUAUUAUUCAUUAUGUCGGCCGAUCUAAGUUGGAUGAUCAUUAGAAACAAUAAUGCUUUCUUGUCAAAGAAAUCUAACAUUAAAAAACCAUUCAGCAAAGAACCAAUGAACUUGACAAACUUGGCCUCAAAACGUUACAAUGGUCUUGUUCAUGACAACAGUAUCGGGGUUGAAUCUGCUCCUAAUAACAAGGGAUUCACCGUUAUCACUAAAAAACGCAAGUUGGCUAAUAAACCUGGAAAAUCUCUUGUCAAAGUAAACUUUACCAGUGGUCCAAGAAGAUCAUUGUUUAAACUGCGGAGAUAUUUACUUGGAAAUAAAUAUAGAAAAGAUUUGAUCCAGGCUUCAUUGAGAAGAGCUAGUGCUAUCUUAGAAUCCCAAAAGAGAGCUGCAUUGACAUUGAAGAAGUUAGGGGGUAAAAGCAAGAAACCUGAAGUUUAAAAUUUAAAAGAAAUACAUAUAUUUGUAUUUAAUUUA